AUGGGCGAGGCUUUGGGGAGUACCAGCGAGCAUAUGAUGCCUGGCUCGGACGCGCCGGGAUCUCCUCUCUCGCAACGGUUGCGUGCGGAGCUGCCUCCUCUGCCUAAUUUGCGACCUACUUCCGGGGUUUCGGCGCAGGAGCCCAUGGCCUUCCCGUCCGCCCCCAGCACUCGCUCCCAGCCUGUGCUGUCGCCCUCCGCGCCUUGGUCAGGCUCGACGGAUAGGUCCGAGCAGAGUCUUGGUAUCGAUGAGAGCUACGAUCGCUCUUCAAAAGCACUGCUCCCGCACGAUGUGACGAUAAGCCACCUACACCAAGGCGGCGGGGACGGGGACGAAGAUCCGGUCUCGUACUAUAUGGACAAAUCUGACGGGGAUCUCGCGGAAAUGUCGCACGCGGAUGCUAAUAUUCUGUCGCUGUCUGACGCACAAGAGGACAUGGAUAGCAUCGCCAUGCCAUACGUCCAUCACAGCUCCACAUGGCCGGACGGCGAUACGGACAGCAUCCUAGAUCAGUAUGCUGGCGAGCGCCCCACAGAUGGCUUCUCGGGCACCUACAGGCGGCGCCCCACAGAGCCAGACACGCCAAAUUACAACUGGCGAGGUAUGGAUCAGCGAUCGGGCCGCGACAGUGCGGCCUCGAUGGGCAUAUACUCCGGCGUGGACAGUGACGAGGAGAAUUCGAUCUACGACACGCCGCUGCACAAGCGUGUUUCGCACCGGAUGCCACACAAGUACAUGGGUGUGCAUGGGGACUCUUCGCUCAUCUCUUUGACUGACCCUACGACGGAUCCCCUGCCCUUGUCGAGCGAGUACGACACGCUUGCCUUCGAGGGUGAGCACGAGGACUUGCAGGGUGCGGAUCGCGAGUGGGACGAAAAGCCAUUGCGCUUUUUUCAGCAUUGGUCGAUGCGUGGGUGCGUCAAUUUGUCGAUGCUAGCGUUCCUGACGCUUGCGGUGCUGAUGCUCUUCCUGGGCUACCCUGUCCUCCAUACCUACACCGAAACAGCAGCGCGCAAUAGCCUGCAAUUCGGGAACGUGGCGACGAACGGUCUACCCUUCACAGGAAACAAGCAGAAUUGGCGCAGUAGUCUCAUUGAUCCUGACACCCCACCGGACAAGCACUACCGCCGGAGGACUCGCAACAACAAGCUCAUGAAACUGGUAUUCAGCGACGAAUUUAACAGGCCUGGACGCACCUUUUACCCUGGCGAUGACCCAUUCUGGCAGGCGGAGGACUUGCAUUACUGGCAGACGGAAAACUACGAGUGGUAUGACCCUGACACUGUGACGACGGAGGACGGCAAUCUCGUUAUUCGCUUCAUGCAGAAGCCGGAGCACGGGCUCAACUUCCGUGGUGGCAUGAUUUCAGGCUGGAACCGUUUUUGCUUUACUGGCGGCUACGUCGAAGUCCGUCUCAUUCUGCCCGGCCAUAACAAUGUCUCAGGUCUGUGGCCGGCUGUGUGGGCCAUGGGCAACCUCGGCCGUGCAGGCUACGGUGCGUCGACAGACGGCAUGUGGCCCUACUCGUACGACGAAUGUGAUGUCGGUACGAUGCCGAACCAGACGUGGCUGCCGAGCCAGGGUGGUGGGCCCGUUGCCGCCGAGUCAUCCGGGCGUUACGUGGAAGAAUACGGACCGGGUCUGAGCUACCUCAAGGGCCAGCGGCUGAGCCGCUGCUCUUGCCCGGAUAGCGACCACCCAGGCCCGCGGCAUCCCGAUGGCUCAUGGGUCGGUCGCUCGGCACCAGAGAUCGAUAUGCUAGAGGCGACCUCGAACAACGGCCCCGGAGAGCAUGGCCAGGCCUCCAUGUCACUGCAAAUUGCACCGUUUGAUGCCGCCUACAAUGUCAGUAACCCUGAUGCAUUUGUCGUAUAUCCAGACCCUGUACACAAUGCCACGAAGAACGAUUAUACCGGCGCCGUCUUCCAGCAGGCCGUGUCGGCCAAAGUCAAUACAUCAGAUACUGCGUAUCAACACACGGGAGGGGAAUACGACACGUACGCCUUCGAGUACGUGCCAGGCAAGUCAGAAGACUCUUAUAUCACAUGGUUCAUGUCGGACAAGCCCGUUGUGGAUCUGAAUGCCUCCGCGAUUGGUCCGAACAAGGCGACGGAGGUCGGCGCGCGUUUGAUACCCGACGAGCCUAUGUACUUGAUUUUGAACUUGGGCAUGUCUUCUUCUUUCGUUUGGAUUAACUGGGAUGAAAUCGAUAAAGACUUCGACCAACCGUACGAAAUGCGCGUCGACUAUGUGCGCGUGUACCAAGACGAAGACAGUAUUUCCCCGGACAGCCUCUCAUGCGAUCCGAAAGACCGUCCCACGAAGGAAUACAUCGAACGACACCUGGAAGCCUACACCAACCCGCUGCUCACUUCAUGGGACUUGCCAGCCGACCAGGGUGGCUACAAUCAUCCCAUCCCUGGUAACAAGCUCAUGGGCCAGUGUUCCUAG